AUGGCACACCCCAUCACCCUCGUUAUCAUUGCCAUCAUGGCUCUCGUCUCACUCUCAAGCGCCACAACCUCCACCGCCGCCGCCGUUCAACGCGUCGAAGCCAUUCCCACCCAGGCCAUGGCAGCCGAGCCUACAAGCACCGUCAUCUGCAACGACGCUUGCUUCGGCGUCGACCGAGCUGACAUCGUAGACGCGGUCAAUCACUACUGCGAUGACUUCGGCGAGUGGACCUACCCGAUUGAUGGCGAGGCUGCUCGCUUGUCUUGGAACUACACCGCUAUCCUGGAAGGUACAGGCGUACGCCACUUCCGUGGCACGUUCGAGGAAGGCCGCGUCGACGUGAGCAUCGACAUGAUCGAGGAGAAGCCGUGCGAUCCACCGAUUCAGAUGAAUAGAGAUGCCUGCUACAAGAACUUGAUGAAUCCUGUUGACGAUUGCAACGACCAGACCGAGAACGAUAAGCAAGGCGGUUACUACACCAGCGGCUGUCUUCGAUACUGGGUGAAUCCAAACCCUUACUGGCAAGUGCGACGACACGCUCGUGUGCAUGCCGACGAUGGCGAUCCCAAGUGGUGUCUGAACGCUGCGUAG